GCGAGUGAAUAGUCGCUGCUGGCAUAGCGUGCAUUAGCUCUACUGAAGCGAUGGCUUUAAGAAUUCCUUCCUUUUGCACAUAUAUACAGCCGUUCGAGCAGUUUAACCAUCAAUCACCCGCGGAUCAUUCGUUUGCCAAACAGAUGCUGUUACUCUUUGUGCUUGUUUAGUUAUUAGCUCGCUCUAAUCUGCUGGCAUGGAGACUGCAUGAGCCACACAUGCCGAAGACGACGUCGUCGAUGUUAUUACUGGAUCCAGAAGUCUGCGAAUCCACAUGAAGAUGGCCGCGGUGCACAUUAUUGACACGUAGCUUAUAUUUGGAACGGUGUCUAGGUCUUAUUUCUUAACAAGUCGUUCAACUGCCAGCCGCGCUCCAUACUGUACAACGCGCGUUACAGUUUCUUACAUUUUAAAAUUGGCUGUUUUGGCUUUGCAUCUUUGCAUAUUUCGGUUCUUAUACUGCCUGCACGGUCCAACCUGAUCAAUGAUGAGACGCAUUUUGACAGCUGCGCCGCGCGAUCAUUCAAGAUCUGCUCCAAACCGGUAGCACUGGAAUCGCGGUUAUAGUAUACUGCGCCAGAUCUACUUUCUGUGCUUAAACAGCUGCAAAGAACGUAGUGCACACUGGAACGCACGUAUCCGGCUCGUCUAGAAGAGGAGGAGUUGUAAAAAAAUCAAUAAUGUUAAAGUUACUGGGAAUUCUUGUGUUAUGCCUUUUCGGGAGAAUCUCUACGGGAAUCGGAAGCGAAGCCGAACAUGAAUUGUUGGUGGUCACUGUGGCGUCGAACGCUACCAAUGGAUUCGAACGCUUUAUGCGGUCAGCUAAGGUUUAUGGAUACACCGUCGAGGUGUUGGGAAUGAAUCAACCGUGGAAAGGUGGUGAUAUGACUCGGGCCGGCGGAGGAUACAAAAUUAAUCUACUCAAGACAUUUAUGGACACCCGUAAGGACGAUGCGAAAACCAUCUACCUGGUGACAGACAGCUACGAUGUAAUGUUUUCUGCUCCGGCACGCUCUGUACUUGAUCUAUUUUUGGAGAGGAAAUACAAGAUACUCUUUUCGGCGGAACCGCACUGCUGGCCAAACCGAGAAUUAGCAAGUCAUUAUCCACCAGUCCUCAGCUCUUCGAAGUAUCUAAACUCAGGAGGUUUCAUGGGAAACGGUAAAAGUAUAUCUGAAAUGCUUGCCGCUGGCACUGUAAGUGAUCUGGAUGAUGACCAGCUCUACUACACUAAGUUGUUCCUUGAUCCAAAUCAGCGAAAAGAUUUGGGAAUAGUACUGGAUACCGAAAACGAAAUCUUCCAGACUUUGUACGAUUUAGACCACACCGUGAAAAUUCGAUUUAGAGAUGAUGAUGCCUACGUGUUCAAUAUUGAGCACAACACCGAACCGGCAGUUGUGCAUGGAAACGGACUAAGCAAAGGCGUCUUGAAUCAAAUGGGCAACUAUCUGGCAAAAUCCUGGACGCCCACACUUGGUUGUCUGGCAUGCAAUGAAAGCGAAUUUAAACUCGAAUCUCUUUCGGAAAUGCCUAAACUCACAAUGGGGUUGUUUAUUGAGAAGCCGACUCCUUUCCUGAAAGAAUGGUUUGAAAGGAUAGCAGCACUCGAUUAUCCCAAGAAGCACAUUAACGUUUUUAUACACAAUAACGAAAAGUAUCAUGAGAAAGAUGUUGCGCGCUUCAUAAAGAGUGCCAAGGAUUACUUGUCUGUUACAUCGAAAGGCCCGGAAGAUGGAAUGACGGAAGCGGAAGCGCGCACAACGGGAAUAAAGGAGUGUUUGAAGGAAAAGUGUGACUAUUACUUAUCCGUCGAUAGCGAAGCGAUGUUGACUAAUGUUGAAACAAUUCGGCUUUUGCUGCAGCAAAACAGGACAGUUUUGGCUCCAAUGAUGACCCGUCCCGGAAAAAUGUGGUCAAAUUUUUGGGGAGCUUUGAGUUAUGAAGGAUUUUAUUCGCGUUCAGAAGAUUACGGUGAAAUCUUGGAUUACAGUAAAAUGGGGAUUUGGAAUGUUCCAUUUAUCUCAACAGCAUACAUGAUCCGCAAAGAUGCCAUCGAUAUAGAUUUCCCGCUUUUUACGAAUCCUGUUGCAUCCCAAGACUUUGAUAUGAUUUGGUGUAAAGAAAUGCGAGACAAGGGGAAGUUUCUGUUCGUUACAAAUCAACAAUAUUAUGGACAUCUCGUUAACGCGGACAACUUCGAUAUUAAACUGAAAAAGCCCGAUUUUUAUCAACUUAUAGACAAUAAACCGGACUGGGAAUACCGGUAUAUUCAUCAGGACUACCAUAAAAUGAAGGAGUUGGACACCGUUGUUGAACAGCCGUGCACUGAUGUGUACUGGUUCCCGGUUGUCAGUGAACGCUACUGCAAAGAUCUGAUUGAAAUUAUGGAAAACUUCGGCCAGUGGUCAUCGGGAAAUAACGAAGACAAGCGUCUUCAAGGUGGAUACGAAAAUGUCCCUACUCGCGAUAUUCACAUGAACCAAGUGGGACUAGAGCGUCAGUGGAUGAUGUUCUUAAAAGAAUAUAUUCGACCAAUGCAAGAAAAGCUGUAUACCGGAUAUUUCCAUGAUCCUCCUCACGCCCUUAUGAAUUUCGUGGUCCGCUAUCGUCCCGAUGAGCAACCGGCAUUGCGUCCUCACCACGACAGUUCCACUUACACGAUUAAUAUUGCACUGAACCGACCCAAUGUCGAUUACGAAGGUGGUGGAUGCCGCUUCAUUCGGUACAAUUGCUCAGUGACAGACACUCGUCUGGGUUGGACUUUAAUCCAUCCAGGCCGACUCACUCACUUCCACGAAGGCCUUCCGGUCACAAAGGGAACGCGCUACAUUAUGAUCUCGUUUGUGGAUCCUUAAGCAGUGCAAGAUACAUCUAAUUGUGAUUUUUUACUGUUGUUUGUUGGCUGUCCAGGAUAUUUUAUUGUUUGGCACUUUGAUUAAUCAGAAGCAAUUCGAAGUGACCAUGAAGUACUGCUGUUCGUAUACAAGUAUACCGUAUGUGUUAUACCAAAAACUUACUAAAGCUUUAGCUGUAGUAAGUUUUUGGUUGUACAAUCUAAGUCCAGCAACACUAGGGUAGUUUUUGUUGUUGUUAUAAGCCUGUAGAAUGACUGCAGUGCUGUUUUAUCGGUGCUUCUGGUUGUGAUUAGUUUUCUGCAUGUACCUGCUGAGCGUAUAUUGAAAAAAAGAUAGAUUUUUCAUCUGGA